AUCGAGUCCAACUCCGUGGUGAUCCGGUACAGCAUACCCGACACGCAACAGGGUAAGGAUCAACAGAUCCGGGAUGCCGAUAUUGACCUGUAUGUGGGUGGUACCAAGCUCAAAUCGCUGACGUUCACCAAUAAGUACAGUUGGUAUUACGGCGGCUACCCGUUCAACAACAACCCCAGCAGUGGUAACCCCCACCACAUGUACGACUCGGUGCGUACGCUGUUGGACAAGACCUACCCGGCCGGCACUAAGGUUAAGGUACAGGUGGUGUCGACUGACAAAUCACCCACUUUCACUAUUGAUCUGGCUGAUUUUGAGUUGGUGGGCAAACCCCUUGAACAACCAGCCGGUUCAUUGUCUGUCGUAGAUGCCGGUGCUGACCCUACCGGAAAAACCGACUCAACCAAGGCUUUCCAAAAGGCCGUUGAUGAUGGUCAUGGACAAAAGAAAACAGUAUGGAUUCCCCAGGGUGAAUACCUGCUCUACGACCACGUCAUUGUGGACGAUGUCACAAUUACCGGUGCCGGACCCUGGUACUCGGUGUUGGGCGGCAGACAUCCUCAAGAUAAACAAAAAUCUGGUGGCAUUUUCGGCAAAUAUGACGCCGAUGUUCCCGGCGGUAGUAAAAACGUAAUGCUUUCCAACUUUGCCAUCAUUGGCGAUAUCAGAGAGCGAAAUGAUAACGCACCCACCAAUGCCCUUGGUGGUUCCCUGUCCAGCUCGGUGAUCGACAACUUGUGGCUGCAGCACGUGAAGUGUGGUGGGUGGUUUGACGGCAAAAUGGACGGCCUGGUCAUCAAGAACACCCGUAUCGAGGACACCACCGCCGACGGCGUCAACUUCCACAAGGGGGUCACCAACUGUGCCGUACAGAACUCGUUCAUCCGAAACACCGGUGACGACGGUCUGGCCAUGUGGUCCGAGCAGUUCCCCAACAAGAACAACAAGUUCCUCAACAACACCGUCGGUAUUCCC